GGGCGAAGUUACACGAAGACAGAAGGUUUGGUUUUAGUUUCUGAGACUGCUCAAAACCAAAUAACUCCACUUUACAAUUCUUUGACUGUGUUAUCAUAUCUCCAAACACAGACUCCAUUGCAAAGAUGACUGUCCAGUACCAUGCUUCUACUGUGACAAACAUGGACAUUGAAGAAAGUAAAAUUGUCUCUAAACAGUUUCUCGGGGAUGGCAGCAGCCGCCGCAAUUCAGAGUUUGUGUUGAGGAACAGUUCCUACAGGGUUGCCACAGUUUGCCUCGGGCUCCUCUGUGUUCUCAUGCUGGCCGGUAUCAUAGGUCAGAGCCUCCACUAUCAAAAAGUUGAAAAAGAACAUCAAGACAAUGUAAAAGUCAUGGACAAAGAGAAAGAGAACCUGCAGGACAGCCUGAAGUCAGUGCAGGAGGAGAAACAAGAUAUUGAAGCCAAACGGAUUCAGUUACAGAAAGAUACCAAUGUUUUAUCUCAAAAGAGAGACCAAAUAGAGACAAAUAACAAUUUGCUGAGCGAAGAAACAAACAAACUAAAGCUCAGCCAAAGCCAGUUAGAGACCACUAACAGUGCUUUGAACAAAAACAUUGAACAGCUGAGAGCCAGUAAAAGCCGGUUGGAUACCAAUUACAAUGUCUUGUCUGCAGCCAAAGAUCUGUUACAAAAACAAUAUGACACAGUGGUCAAACGUAAAGAUGAGUUACAGGGCAGUCAUGACUCGGUGAGCAGGGAGAGGGACAAUUUACAUAACAAAUUCAAUAAUGUCACCAGAUCUAAAGAGAAACUGCAGAUGAGUUACAAUGACUUGAUUAAAGACAUAGAACAUUUACAGGAGAGAUACAACGCAUCUACUGGUGAAAAGGACACGCUAGCAAACAGUCACCAAAACCUAACGACAGAAAGAGACACUCUUCAGGAAACUUUCAACUCACUUAAAAAAGCAACAGACAUAUUGCGGGCUAAUUACGCGACGUUGGCUCGGGAAACAAAAGCGCUUGAAAGCAGCUUUAAUAAAGUGACUGCAGAGAGAGAACUGCUGAUGGUGAAAAUCAGCAACCUGACUGCCGAGAGAGAUUAUCUCCAGGGCCUAGUUGACAAAAUGAACAAGACAAUGCAAGAUAAGAAGUGUAUCAAUGGCUGGCAGAAGUUGGAGUGCAGCUGCUACUACACUUCUAAUGGCAAGAGAAGCUGGCAGAAAAGCAGAGAAUACUGUCAAAGCAAAGAAGCAGACCUGGCAAUCAUCACAAGCCAAAAUGAAAUGAACUUCAUCAAUGGUUUGUUUGGAAAUGACAAACAAGUCUGGAUUGGAUUGGCUGAUGAAGGAGUAGAGGGCGAGUGGAAAUGGGUGGACGGGACACCACUGACCUUAGCGUUCUGGGCUGCAGGCCAGCCCAACAGCUAUAACGGGACGGACCAGGACUGUGGGGAGUUCUUGCACCGUGCGUCAGGGAAAGGCGAAUGGAAUGACGAGAACUGUAAUAUAGAACAAAACUGGAUCUGUGAAAUGUAGUGUUUUUCCUGUAUGGGCAGUGCUUUGGUUAAUGUUGGCUCCGUGCCUGACACUAAUAACUGUAAUCUUGAUAAUCACUCUCAGUUUAGUGUAGAGAGAAUAAACAUUGGGGACUGCUGUCCAGUACAUUGUAAAUAAUGACAAUAUUAAUCACAGUGACAAAAUUUACAUGGACACCAAUAUUCCAAAUAUUGAACUUAUUCAGAAAAAGACAAUAAUUUGAUUAUGGUGUUUAGAUGAGUUGCAUUAAGAAUAUUAAUACUACAUCAUACAUCUGACUUUUACGCAACCUUUUUGAAAAUAUCCCCAUUGCAAUAUUUGCGCCCAUCCACACCCUUCAUAAUAUCCAUUCCUCUUAAAAUGCAUAGCAUACUACUUUCUCCCUACUUCUUCAUAGUGGCAGCCGUCCUGUGAACAGGACAUGCAUCUUCAAGCAGCUGGUAACUGUUGAAUGUCAAUUUCACAAAAUGCUGUGAAGAACUCCUAUUCAUGUCUACAUGAUGUGACUAAGGUUGGAAUACACUCAAUUCGAUUGAUGCUAUGUCCUUUUGUACGACCUUAUUCCGGCUCAGUAAUCAGAAAAUGCUGUUUACACGGCAUUGUUUGAUUUAGACUGCUGUCUUAAUCAGGUAAAUGUCGGAAUAUUGACGCAUGUAAACAAAGUCAGUGUUUGCUUAGAAAUCUAUAUCGUGUGACCAUCUUACACAAAGGUACACAGCAUUGCUCACAGCCAAAUCUUGAAAUGGAGUGAUGCGCAGUGAGUAAUGUAUUAUUAAGUUGGAUAUAGCAGAAGACCCAGCUGAUAAAAGUGGAGCAGACACAGGUUGACGUAAAUUGUUUGGAACAGCUUGGUUAAAGGGUGACUGAGGUUUCCAUAGAUAUCUGUACACACUGUGGAAACUGUUUAAUAGUAAUGAAGGGUAACAAGUAAUUUAUAUCUGUGAUGAUUUGAUAUUUAGUAAAAUAAUUCAAUGCAUGAUGAUUGAUAUAUAGUUUACAGUUAACCAUUUAUAGAAAAAUACACUUUCAGAUUAUGUCAAGUUGAUUUGAUUGACAUACUGCACUUAUUGUAAUCACUUGACUCUAUGACUAAUGAAUGCAUUUCCCAUGUGCUGUACUCUUAAAGUGUUAAUUUACUGAUGUUGGCUAUUUUGUACUCAGUUGUUGUUGCUUCUUGUGUGACCACUAGCACAAACUGCACAUGUGGAUAACACUGAUUCUGGGAUAACAGCCUUAGUCAUAAACAUAGACUAUACUCUAUUACUACUGCAUCAUUAAUAUCCAUUGAAUUGGUGCUUUUACUAUUGAGAUGUACAUGUGAAAAAAAGACUGUGCUGUGCUUACAAUUCAAUUCCUUUUGUAAAACAUUCUGCAUUCUAAAUAAACAAAUUUUACAUUUUCAAGCAUACAA